AUGGUGUUAAGACAUGGUUUUACAACUUCCGAUAUUCAAAAAUCAUUCAAAAAUUUUUUCUUUUAUUUCGAAAGUAAAACUUAUUUGGACAAUAGUAAUCCAAUUGCUCCAGAGGAAAAAAAAAUAAGAUCCAACUAUUAUAAGAUCCUCCCUGAAAAUGUUUGGAGAUUCCAUGAAUCUAAAACUUCAACUCCAGUUGGAGGAGUUUUAACUUGUUUAAAAAUCGGUGUGGUUCCGCCUCCUCCUUUUGAAAAAAUUAACCCUUCUUCAACUCUAGAAGGCUGGAUUGAUCCCUCAACUUUUUCAGACCCAAAAGAUGCCACCAUUUUUAUAUGCAGGCAAAUCACCGAUCUUUUCAAUAGAUUCAAUAGAAGGUCUACCAUGCUAAGAUCUCAUGAAGACCCGAAUGUUGAUGAUAUUAAAAAAAAUAUACAGGUUUGGAAACUAUUACCUCUGUUUUUUAGACUAUUUUUGUAUUAUAACGGUCAUGGCGUCCCCUAUCCAGAUGAGGUUGGUGAUUUUUGGCUAUUUAAUAAACAAUAUAACCAAUAUGUUCCCAUGUCAGUAGCAGAAUUGCAAAAUUGGAUUGGUUGCCCUGCUAUUUUCGUCUUUGAUUCAACCUUUUCCGGUCGUGCAAUCAGCUCCUAUAAAAGAGCAGCUCAAAAUGAGUUGGAUAAUCCCUCUCCCUCCAAAGAAUCUGACCCUAUUUUCGAUUAUUACAAAAGUAUGAUGUACACAGAAAGUUUUUUGUUUGCUGCUUGCAAAGAAGACGAAUAUCUUCCCUCUCAUCCUGAUUUGCCUGCAGACUUGUUUACUUGUUGUUUAAACUCUCCUAUUGAAAUGAGUAUAAGAUUUUUCAUUCUCAAAUCUCCCCUAAGAAAAUAUUAUGAGUCGCUAUAUGAUUAUAUCAAAGUAGAUGAAAGCAGUGAUAAUCCUGAUCAACACAGAAACUAUAAAAUAGAUUUUGGUUAUCAUGGUGAAUAUAAUCAAAGAGAUGAUUCAUUGGGCACUUUAUAUCAAAUAUUUGUGGCUCUUAUAGAUAUGUUGGCUGCAUCUACUGUCUUAAAAAGUUUAUACAGAAGAUGUUUCAGACAAGAUCUAAUGUGCAAUGCAAUGUUUAGAAACUUCUUGUUAGCCCAAAGAAUCAUGAAAUAUUAUAAUGUUAAUCCUAUUUCUGAACCUCCAUUACCAGACCUUCACAUUCAUCCAGUUUGGGAUCAAUGGGAUUUAAUCAUUGAGCAGUUUUUAUCCAAAACAUGUUCAAUAAGAGAAAAAUACUCUCUCAACACCUACCAGGUUAUAUCACUUCAACCAAAAUUUGUAUUUACAGAUUUUUUUGAAACUCAACUUGAAGCUUUAGAAUAUUGGAUUGAUUAUGAAAGUUUUAAUAGAAAACCGGUUCCUCAAUUUUAUUUACUAGUUCAUUUAAUUCCAACUCCUAGUUAUAGACUUAUUUCUUUAUUUCUAAUAGCCAAAAUGGUUGAUUUAGGUCCUUGGGCUGUUUCUCUUGUAUUAGAAAGUAUCUUGUUGCCUUGCAUCAUGAAAUCUCUAAAGUUUUUUAGUAAUGAGUUUAAACCCUUAUUGUCUUUUAUAUGGGCCAAAAUUAUGGCCUCCUAUCAUCAUGUCGUUCAAAUAGAUUUAAUGUCAAACUGUUCUGCAAAUUAUGAAGCCUUUAUUGAAAUGAUUAUACCUGAAUUUUCUUUAAAACCAGAACUCACAAGACAACAAAACUCAUUUUAUAUCAGGACUUAUGCGCCCGACACAGGACUAACUGAUAACCAAAUUUGCUUGCCUGUAUUUGUAUUAACUUUGUUUAUGAGACAAAAUACUAUUGCCCAGGAGUGUGUUUGUCAAAUUCAUUUAAUAGAAAAAAUUGUUUGGUUUUUGGAGAACUCAAACUCUCAAUCCUUAAAAGUUUGGUGUGGCUUGUUUUUAAGUCAAAUAUGGUCAAUGCUAUUCUCUAUUAAAUUUUUGGUGUUUAAAAUGGAAAUUAUUCCAAAGAUUAUUGAAAUAUUCAAGAAAACAACAAUUCCUGAAGUUAGAGCAUCGAUUGUUUAUGGUUUUGCAACUUAUAUUUUGUUAGAUGAUGAUCUAGGAGAUAAUGUUCCAAACGAUGCUCAAAUAGCUGAAUUAAAACAAGCAGAUGUAAUUAUUGCCAAACUGUUACUUGAAGCCAUGUAUGAUGGUAGCUCAAUGGUUAGAAAACAAAUGGUUGUUUUUCUAUCCAAGUAUGUAUACAAAUAUCUGGACUUUUUUGUUUUUACUGCUUAUACUUCGAUGCAUGAGGAAGUCGUUUUGACUGAAAGAAUUAAAGAAGUUAAUGAUUUUAGAAAGAAAUUUCCAAAUUAUGGAUCAAUUUAUAGUGCCCUAUGGAAGUUUCUUCUUAUUUUAGCUGCGGAUCCUCAUUAUGAGAUUAGAAACUUAUCAGAAACUGUUAUUCAGUAUGUUUUAACACAAUUGAUUAACAACAAAGCAUACAGAGAAAGAUUUAACGAAUUUAGAGAAAGAUUAAUCACUAAAUUUAGCCAAUCUCCAGUCAAAAAACUAAGACAUGUUGGGUCAAUGAAUAAAAAUGGACAUAACCACUCUUUCUCGCAGCCACAACCUUCUUUAAAAAGAACUGUAUCAUUUAGGUCACAACAUCACUUAUCUUCUAAUUCAAUUGGUGAGAUAGAAUUGCCACCUACAUUAUCUUCAACAAUAACUUCCAAUAUUAUAAGAAAAUCACUGUCAAUCCAAAAUUUUUUUAAACACAUUUCGGGAUUUCAAAAUGACGAAAAUAACCUAAACGGGCACGAAAAUGAAAAAUCCUUUGGAGGACUGAAAAAAACCUAUAUACCUCAUUUGGCAAGAUUUGAAGCAGUUGACAAUAUGAGAACAAUUCCUAAGCUUCCCUUAGAAUCAAAGUUUCUUGACUUUUCAAUAGAGUAUUUUCACUAUCCUCAACUUAAAAAAGAUAAGUCAACUUUGAGAAAUUUUGGCUAUCAUGUUGAUGACCAGCAAUCCAAGGAUUGGAGAAGAAAUAGAAAUAUGGAAAUCAUUGAGGAGACUCAGUCACAAAAGGAAAAAGCUUUAAAAUCUGAUUGGUCGAAUCUCAAAGUCACAAUUGAUAAUCAGUCCGUACCUCGUUUGAUUGAAUUUUCUCAGUUUGAAAACUGGAUUGUUACUGCAGAUGAUAAAAAUAUAGUCAAAUUGUGGGAUUGGAAUAAAAACGAGGACUUAUCCAAUUUUUCAAAUAACAAUCCAAUUGGAAGCAAAAUAACAGAUAUUAAAUUUUUAAACGAAGAUGAUAAAUCUAUUUUGCUUGUUGGUUCUUCGGAUGGUGUGAUCAAAAUAUACAGAGAUUUUGAAUUAGCUGAUUCCGCAAAACUAGUCACAGCAUGGAGAGCAUUAAAUGACUCGCAAGAAAGACAAUAUUCGGUAGGGCUAAUUACGGAUUGGCAACAAAGUACCGGCAAUUUAUUGGUUAGUGGUGAUGUUCGUCACGUCAAAAUUUGGGACGUUCAAAAAGAGAUGUGUAUAAACUCGAUUCCUGUAAGAUCUAUUAAAAAUGUCACAUCACUUACUUCUGAUCAUGUUGCAGGAAAUAUUAUUGCAGCCGGUUUUGAGAAUGGUGAUAUUAAAAUUUAUGAUAAAAGAAUGGAGUCCAAAACUUCAAUGGUCAAAGAAUGGAAAGGUUAUUCAUCCAAUGUUGAAAAGAAAAGAAAUUGGAUUCAAAAGAUUCAUUUUCAACGCGGAGGAAAUAGAGAAUUGGCUAGUGGUUCUACUAAUGGAAUCGUUCAGUUAUGGGAUAUUAGAUCUGAUCAACCCGUUGUUGAAUUUAAAGCCUUUUCAUUGGAAGAAAGAGUGAAAAAGGAAACUGAUGAUGGGAUGUCUGCUUUUGCAAUUCAUGAACAUGCACCAAUUAUGGCAACAGGCAGUGCAAAUGUUGAUUUAUGGGGGAUUCAAGGAGCAUUGCUUCAAACAAUUAAAAUUCCUAAUAAGAAGUUUUUUUCCAGCAAUAUGUUCAUUAAUAAUAUGAUUUUUCAUCCUCAUAGACUAAUGCUAGCUGUUAAAGCAAAAAAUGAAAAACUGAUUCACAUAUACGAAUCUUCAAAAUAA